AUGCGAGAAGUCACGUGCCGUUUCCGUGUACCGGCUGGACACUACGUUAUUCUUCCGUGCACAUUUGACCCGGGUUGCGACGGAGAGUUCCUUCUACGAAUCUAUGUAAACGGAAAACUUCAGACUUGGUUUUCCCAUGAAAACUUUAUAUUUUCAGCCGUUUGCAAUAAGAUCGAUGCCUUGAAGGCGGUGGACGACUUCACUUACAGCUUUUGUUGUUAUAAUUGGUCUCUUGAUGCUUCUCUUCAGGUCACGUGCCGUUUCCGUGUACCGGCUGGACACUACGUUAUUCUUCCGUGCACAUUUGACCCGGGUUGUGACGGAGAGUUCCUUCUACGAAUCUAUGUAAACGGAAAACUUGAGACUUGGUGA